AAGAAGAGCCGGGAGGAGUCAAGUGGCGAGGGCAGCGGGGUGGAGAUCCUGGCCAACCGACCCUACAGUGAUGGCCCCGGCGGCAGCGGCCAGUACACCCACAAGAUCUACCACGUGGGGUCCCACAUCCCCAGCUGGUUUCGGGCACUGCUCCCCAAGGCCGCGCUGCAGGUGGAAGAGGAGUCCUGGAAUGCCUACCCCUACACCCGCACCAGGUACACCUGCCCCUUCGUGGAGAAGUUCUCCAUCGAAAUCGAGACGUACUACCGGCCGGACGCGGGCCAGCAGACCAAUGUCUUCAACCUGAGCGCCGCUGAGAAGAGGCAGAGGAUUUUGGACACCAUCGACAUUGUGCGCGACCCCAUCUCCCCCGGGGAAUACAAGCCCGAGGAGGACCCCAAGCUCUACCACUCGGCCAAGACGGCGGGUGACCACUGGCGGGAGGCGCCUGCCGGUGGGCACCUGAUGUGCGCCUACAAGCUCUGCAAGGUGGAGUUUCGCUACUGGGGGAUGCAAUCCAAAAUCGAGCAGUUCAUCCAUGACGUGGGUUUGCGGAAGGUGAUGCUGCGCGCCCAUCGCCAGGCGUGGUGCUGGCAGGACGAGUGGACGGACCUGACGAUGGAGGACAUCCGGCAGCUGGAGGAGGAGACGGCGCGGAUGCUGGCGCAGAAGAUGUCCAAGUGCGGCGAGGCUGAGGAGCCCCCCGCUGCUGGGCCCAGCCCCGAGGGACGGCCAGAGCCGGGGGGUGCCAGUGGGCAGGAGGGGACUGAGGCACAGGGGGUGUCCGAUGCGUCCCCUGAUGAUAGCUUUGCCAAGCAGUGGUCCACCUCUUCCCGGUCCUCCUACUCUUCCCAGCAUGGAGGGGGGGUGUCUCCUCAGAGCCUGUCAGAGUGGCGGAUGCAGAACAUCGCCCGUGACUCCGAGAACAGCUCCGAAGAGGAGUUUUUUGAUGCCCACGAGGACCUCUCUGACAGCGACGAGGUCUUUGCGAAGGAGAUGACGAAAUGGAGCUCCAACGACUUCUUGGACACGCUGGAGCGUCCGGCGGAACUGGACGAGGCGCUGGGGGAUGGAGCCAGUGCCACGAAGGUGGAUGGUGAAGGAUUGGAGGUGUCCAGCUUCCCCGAGGUUGGCUCGGCUGAGAGCGCAACGCAGGCGUGCCGGAUCCACGCUCUCUUCCUCAUCCUCCACAGCGGCAACAUCCUGGACCAGGGAGCGGGCGAGCCGGUCAUCGCUCGUGCCAACCAGGCGUACGGCGCCUUCCUGCACUCUGGGGAGGGGGCUGGCUUCUGCGGCCAGGUGGUGCUGCUGGGGGACUGUGUGGGCAGCAUCCUGGGCUUUGACAGCACGGAGCCCAUCUCCCCUGAGCUGUGCGGCGGCAGGGACCCCCUGGCCGAUGGGGCAGAUGGAGCUGCAGGGUUGGCCCAGACUGGCCCCGAACCUGGGGCACAGCUGCCAUGCUGUGAGCAGGGGGACAGCCACCAUAACAGCUCCUCGUGCAGCCUGCAGGCCAGUGAGGUCCUGCUGGAAGCAGAGGCACCGCGGAGUGGUACCAUGGUGCUGGAUGGGGCCGAGGGCACCAGCACCCGCCUCGACUUUAAGGUAUCCGGUUUCUUCCUCUUCGGCUCCCCGCUGGGGCUCGUGCUCGCGCUGCGCAAGACCGUCAUGCCCGCUCUGGACGUGGCCCAGCUGCGUCCCGCCUGCGAGCAGAUCUACAACCUCUUCCACGCCGCUGACCCCUGCGCCUCGCGCCUGGAGCCCCUCUUGGCCAAAGCCUUCCACGCCGUCCCGCCGCUCAGCGUGCCCCGCUACCAGAAGUACCCGCUGGGUGAUGGCACAUCUUCCCUGUUGGCGGAGGCACUGCAGAUGCACUCUGCCCUGUUCCUGCCUGAGGUGGACAUGGCUGCCCCUCCUACCCCCACCGGUAGCUUUGGGGGCUUCUGGAGGGGCAGUGAGCCAGGGGAGCCCCCCACUCCCGCCAGCACCAGCGAAGUCGUCAAGAUCCUGGAGCGCUGGUGGGGCCCGAAGCGCAUCGACUACUCGCUGUACUGCCCCGAUGCCCUGACUGCCUUCCCCACCAUCACCCUGCCCCACCUCUUCCACGCCAGCUACUGGGAAUCCUCCGACGUGGUGGCCUUCAUCCUGCGCCAGGUGAUGGAGAAGGAGGGACCACAGCCAGCAGAGAGCGAGGAGAGCUCUAUCUACAGCCCUGCUAUUCCCCGGGAGAAGUGGCAGCGCAAGCGCACCCAAGUGAAGAUUCGUAACGUGACAGCCAACCACCGGGCCAGCGAUGUGAUCGUGUGCGAGGGCAAAGCGCAGGUCCUCAGUGGCCGCUUCAUGUAUGGACCCCUGGACGUGGUGACGCUGACAGGGGAGAAGGUGGACAUCUACAUCAUGACACAGCCGCUGUCGGGGAAGUGGCUGUACUACGGCACCGAGGUGACGAGCGGCAGUGGGCGCCUGACCUUCACCAUCCCUCCAGACAAGGCUCUGGCCAUCGGCAUCUACCCUGUGCGCAUGGUGGUCAGGGGAGACCACAGCUAUGCUGAGGCGUACCUGACAGUGGUGGCCCGGGGCACCGAGUCAGUCGUGUUCAGCAUCGAUGGCUCCUUCACUGCCAGCGUCUCCAUCAUGGGCAGCGACCCCAAAGUGAGGGCGGGGGCUGUCGAUGUCGUACGGCACUGGCAGGACUCAGGCUACAUGAUCAUCUAUGUGACGGGGCGCCCUGACAUGCAGAAGCAUCGCGUGGUGGCCUGGCUCUCCCAGCACAACUUUCCCCACGGCGCCGUCUCCUUCUGUGACGGGCUCACUCACGACCCCCUGCGCCAGAAAGCCGCCUUCCUCCAGAGCCUGCGCACCGAGGCAGAGAUCACCAUCGUCGCUGGCUACGGCUCCACCAAGGACGUCUCUGUCUACAGCUCACUGGGGCUGGCACCAGCACACAUCUACAUUGUGGGCCGGGCCGUCAAGAAGUUCCACAACCAGUGCCAGUUCUUGUCCGAGGGCUACGUGGCCCACCUGGCUCAGCUGGAGGCGGCGGCCCUGGCCCACUCUCCCAAGGGCCCUCCGCGGCCCGUGCUGGGCAAAGGCACCUAUGGCUGCCCGGCACCUGUCGACUUCCUACGCAAGCAGAGCCAGCUCCUGCGCUCACGGGGCUCCAGCCAGGCGGAGCGGGAUGGGGGGCCCCCGACAGCACCCUCUGGUCUGCCCCGGGCCAAGCCCCGCAGCGUCAGCCUCAAGCUGGAGGGUGAGGAGUGA